AUGAAUUACUACAACUUCCUCAUCGUCUAUCUGGUGACCUUUGGGUCCUUAACCUAUGGAUACAACAGCGCCAUCAUCGGCAGCGUGAUAGGAUUACCAUCCUUCUUCGAUUACUUUCAUAUCAAUGAAAAGACGAGUGCAGGUUCCCGGAUCACUGGAGCCACCAAUGGUCUCUUCGCUGGCGGCGGUCUGCUGGGCUGUUGGUUCAUAACAUGGCUCGCUGACAAGGUGGGCCGAAAGCGAUCCAUCCAAAUCACAGCCUCUAUCUGUAUAGUAGCUGCAGCUAUCCAGGCAGGGUCCGUUCAUAUUGCCAUGUUCUUGGUUGGUCGAUUCAUGAUGGGAUUCGGAGCCGGCAUGGUGAAUGUCAUCACACCACUAUACCAAUCCGAAAUCUCUCCUGCAAAAACAAGAGGGCGCAUGGUCGGAUCCCAUGGUUUCAUACUCUGCGUUGGCUACGGUCUCGCAGGCUGGACAGGCUACGGCUGCUAUUUCAUUGAUAAUCAAGUCGCUCAGUGGCGUUUGUGUCUUGCCCUUCAGGUCGUGCCUCCUCUCGGUCUGUUGAUCGGAUCUCCGUUUCUGCCCGAGUCUCCUCGACACCUGGUCGCACAUGACAACCAAGACAAGGCCUUCUCCAUUCUUAAGCGGCUCCACCACGUUCCAGGCGAUGACGAAGACGUUCUAGCCCGUGAAGAAUUGUAUCAAAUCCAGAAACAGUUGGAUCUCGAAAAGCGUGAGGGCUGGAGACAAGGUUGGGUCAAGGGAUGGAUCCUCCUCUUCCAAAGGAAGUCAUACAGAAAGCGUCUCCUCUUUGGCUUUCUCCUGCUCGGUUUGGUUCAGUCGACAGGUUGCUUGGUGAUCAACAAUUACCAAGUCCUGCUGUACAAUGGUCUCAAUUUAUAUGGUUCUAUGCCUUUGAUGCUAUACGCUCUAUGGGACACUUGGGCCGCCAUCAUGAACUUCAUCAAUGCUUUGUUGCUUGACAGAGUCGGGCGGAUUCCCGUAAUGGUCGUUGGUCAAAUUGGCUGUGCGAUUUCUGUCGCUGGAUUCACUGCUUGUCUUGCGAGAUAUGGUGGUACCGAUAACAAACUCGGAAACGGAUUUGGAGUAUUCUUCCUCUACCUGUUCGUGACAUUUUUCGGCGGCAGCAUGGACGCAAGUUCCUAUGUCUACUCGUCAGAGAUUUUCCCUACCUCCAUCCGUGCUCAGGGUGCCGGGUUUAGUGUCUCAGGACUCUUCUGCUUCAGCUUGAUCUACACAAUGAGCGCUCCAGUCGCAUUCAACAGCAUUGGAUGGAAGUACUAUUUGAUCUUCAUCAUUGUUCCGUUGUUCGGGGCUGCCUUCAUGUACACCUGCUAUCCGGAGACAAAAGGACUUGCUCUCGAAGAAAUCGCAGCCAAAUUCGGCGAUGAAGUGGCCGUGGAUCUCUCACAUUUGUCGCUUGAAGAGAGAGCCAGACUUGACAAGACUCUUUUCAGUGGUGACAUCAUGGAAUUGGAACAUAAGGCUUGA